AUGGCUUUAGCAGUUCUGCACAGCGGCUUGCGCUGUCAGGUACUUCAGAUGAAUUCAGUUAUGAACGUGGAGCUGGGAAGUUCAUCAGCCUGCAGGGUUCGGAGCUUCCCGAUGGCUUUAGCAGUUCUGCACAGCGGCUUGCGCUGUCAGGUACUUCAGAUGAAUUCAGUUAUGAACGUGGAGCUGGUGAAGAGUGAAGGCCCCAAACUGGUGCCCUUCUUUAAAGCCACCUGUGUCUAUUUUGUCCUCUGGCUGCCAACUUCCAGCCCCUCCUGGUUCAGUGCCCUCAUCAAAUGUCUGCCUAUCUUCUGCCUGUGGGUGUUCCUUCUGGCUCAUGGAAUUAACUUCUUAGUGUCGCACCGGAGCGCCAGCCGCAUCCUAGCGGGACUCAUAUUCUCGGCAGUGGGAGACGCCUUUCUCAUCUGGCAGGAGCAAGGCUACUUCAUUCAUGGUCUGCUGAUGUUCGCCAUCACACACAUCCUGUACUCUUCAGCCUUUGGCAUGAAGCCUUUGGACCUCAAAGCUGGCUUGUUGAUGGGCCUUGUUUCCAGUUCCUGUUAUGCCUUCCUGUACUCCUACCUCUCAGGCCCAUUCACCUACCUGGUAGCUGUCUACAUCGCCUUGAUUGGCUUCAUGGGCUGGCGAGCGGUCGCCGGCAUGCAGCUGUGCAACGACCUCUGGACAUGGACCAAGCUCUCUGCCUGCAUCGGUGCGAUGCUGUUCAUGGUGUCGGAUCUGACCAUUGCACUUAACAAGUUCUGCUUUCCUGUGCCCUACUCGCGCGUCAUCAUCAUGGCUACUUACUAUGCAGCCCAAAUGCUUAUUGCACUGUCAGCUGUAGAGAGCAGAGAUGAAGAGGACUUCAGAAAGAGGAGCUAG